GCGGCGCGGAGCGAGCGGUCGGCGGGCGCGGAGCGAGCGGGCGCGGGGCCGACGGUGCACCGGACAUGGCCUCCAAGUGUCCCAAGUGCGACAAGACCGUGUACUUCGCCGAGAAGGUGAGCUCCCUGGGCAAGGACUGGCAUAAGUUCUGCCUCAAGUGCGAGCGCUGCAACAAGACGCUGACUCCAGGCGGGCACGCCGAGCAUGAUGGGAAGCCCUUCUGCCACAAGCCCUGCUAUGCCACACUGUUCGGACCCAAAGGCGUGAAUAUUGGGGGUGCCGGCUCCUACAUCUACGAGCAGCCUUUGUCCGAGGGCCCUCAGGUCACCGGCCCGAUCGAGGCCCCAGUGGCCCGAGCUGAGGAGCGCAAGGCCAGCGGUCCUCCCAAAGGACCCAGCAAAGCCUCCAGUGUCACCACAUUCACCGGAGAGCCCAACAUGUGUCCCAGAUGCAACAAGAGGGUCUACUUCGCUGAAAAGGUGACAUCUCUGGGCAAAGACUGGCACCGGCCCUGCCUUCGCUGCGAGCGCUGCUCCAAGACCCUGACCCCAGGGGGGCAUGCGGAGCACGAUGGCCAGCCCUACUGCCACAAGCCGUGCUAUGGGAUACUGUUUGGACCCAAGGGAGUGAAUACUGGAGCUGUGGGCAGCUACAUCUAUGACAGAGACCCUGAAGGCACAGUUCAGCCCUAGGCCCAUAACCCCCUGCAGGGGCAGGACCUGUCUCCUGUGGGAACCUGCCCCCAAGUCCCCUGCUUGGCUUUAGGGAGGAGACUGUCCACUGUCCAGUCCUGCCUUGUGUGUCCUGCCUGUAAGCCCAGGGCCUGAGUCCCUGGAGGAAGAGGGGUCUUGAGGGCAGUCUCCGGAGGAGUCUGCAAGCCCAGCCGUGUCUUGGUGUGUUAUCCCUUGUAGCAUCCUGUGUCCCUGUAUCUACUUUUGUGUCUGUGCCUCCAUCCCCUGUGUCCCACUGUUCCUGGCCUGUCUGUCUCUGUCCUCAUGUGUCCCUGUACCCUUGGUGGAUCUCUACAGUGGCUGUCCCAUUCCUUCCCUGCUGUCCGUGCCAGCCCACCAGUAUUAUGCUCUGCUUGCCAGUGGUGGCCACGCUCUCACGGCACCCAAAGGUGGAGGUGCUCUUGGUGGGACACUCUGCCUGGACUCCUCACUGCCCACCCUUCACAUGGCUCACAUGCAGUGCCCGAUUUUGCUGUCAAUAAAAGGUUUGAGGAUCGUA